CGGCCCACGGGCCGACGGCCACGCAUGGCGGCGGGGGCACCCGGCCCGCCGCCCGCGGGCGCGGCGGGCGCGACGAGGGACCGGGUGGCGGACGCGGCCCUCCUGCCCCGCGCCGCCGCCCCGCCGUGGCCCGCCGGGGCCCCGCGGCCGCUGGAGGUGCACACCGUGUGGCGGGACCCGGCCGUCGCCCUGGUCCCAGACUUCCUGAGCGGUGCGGAGGUCGAGCACCUGCUGCAGCUGGCCGCGGACAGUUGGCAGCCCUCAGAGGUGGACCUGCGCGAGGCGCCCGGGGGCGCCCCGAGGCACGCGACGGGCAUCGGGCAGGGCCAGCUGGUGCAGUCCGCGCAGGCGCGCACCUCCAGCAGCAGCCUGCUGGACCCGGGGCAGACCCCGACCGUGGCGCUGCUGGAGCAGCGCCUGGCGUGCCUGGCGGGCCUGCCCCUGGAGCACCUGGAGAGGCUGGCGAUGGUGCGCUACGAGCCGGGGCAGCGGUUCGCGGUGCACCACGACGGCGGGUACAGGCCGAAGACGGUCUUCAUCUGGAAGAGCACUAAAGGCGCGGGCGGCGAGACCCACUUCCCAGUCCUCGGCCUCAGGGUGGUGCCGCGGCGCGGCUGCGCCGUCGUGUGGUCGAACCGUGGCCCCGGCGGCGGCGACGACCCGCGCCUGGUCCACCAGGGCCUGCCCCCCACCGCCGGCGUCAAGUACGGCGUGAACUGCUUCUUCAACGAGCGCGUCGUGCGGGCGCCCGUGGCGGCGCCCGGGCUCGCGCCGGCCGCGGCCCCGCGCCCGCGCGCGCCGGCGGUGGUCGGCGGCAGAGCCGCGGCCUGGCAGGGCGCCACCGCCACGGUCGCCCCGCGCGCGGGGCUCCCCGCGCGGGUGCUGGUGCAGUGGCCCGCGGGUG